AUGGACAUACAAGAAAUCCAAGAGCAAUUAAAUAAGCUCGAAGACUUAGAAGACGGAGGAACAAUCGAUUUUAUAGACAGACAAAUUGAGCUUCAUUACACAAGAUUUGACCUCUCAAAUAAAUACUUAGUGAGCCAUUCUGUGGAGUAUUUUUCAUCCCAACUUCAAAAUCAUUAUAAUCUCACAAACCGAAUCAAAGUACUUGUGCUGCAAAAUUGCAUGCUGAGUCAAGACUCUAUAGUAAGGACAUUUAAACCCUUAAUUCAGCUAAAAAAGACUUUGGCGCUAAAAUCACUUGACUUGGGUAAUAAUCGAAUUCCAGUUAAUGAAUUGACAGGCUCAAUUUUAGGAAAACUCUUAGACAGGGGCGGCAAGAACCGAGCGAAAUCUCUGAAUCUUCAAGGAAAUCUGAUAACGAAUCCAAAAGGUUUAUUAAAUAUUUUGAACUGUAGCUCGCCCUUCUAUGAAUUGAAUUUAUAUGAUUCCUGUUUGUCUUGUGAAGCAUUACUCUGCUUAUCGGAGACCUUAGCUCAUAACCGCUACAUACAGAGGCUGGAUUUAGGGUACAAUAAUGACGCAUUUGCAAACUCAAGUAUUGUGAGGCAGUUUGCGAUCAGCAUUAGUUUAAAUACUCACUUGGAGUAUUUGAAUUUAAGCGGGGUCUCCUUUCUCAGAAAAAGCGAGCAUUUAGUUAAAUUUUUGGCAGGGCUGCAGCAGAAUACUAGUCUUCAAGAGCUCAGCUUGGGUGGAAUCGGGCUAGGUGAUAAAGGAAUUAAAUAUUUAAAACAGCUUUUAUUAGGCAAAAUCCCAAUUACUUCCUUAGAUAUCCAAAACAAUAAAAUUUCAGCAAAGGGGUUGGGAUAUAUAGUAGAAUCCUUGCCAGACAUGCUGAGCAAGCUGGAUUUAUCAUAUAACGAGUUUAAAUCCAACUCAGCUCUUUCCUCUCUUGGAAAGGCUCUUAUCUCUCACAGGGUGUUAAGAUAUCUAAACUUAUCUUACUCUUUCGAAAUAGACUCACUCGACAACAAAGCAUUGAUUUGCUUCUGCAGAGGAAUCAAAGAAAAUGGCUCCUUAACUGAAUUUAUCUGUGAAAGCGCAAAAAUCGGUGACGACCCUGACUUAUUCUGCAACUUGUUAGGAGAAGCCAUCUCAGCAAGAAGACUUUCCCUGACGUUCAAAAUCAGCGCUGUGAACUGCUUCAGCUCCAAGUCUUCCCACAACUCCACGAUAAACGAAAGCAUCAGAAACCGAAGCAAAAAGACCAGCAAGAAACUGGAGUCACAAGAUGGCUCGACAUCCAAUACAAGAAGAGAUAUGUACACUUAA